AGCUGGCCAUAGUUGCUAUUGGUAUUGGAAGAACCAGAAAAGCAAUGGUAACAUCUGGCAGUGGCAGCAUCCAACUAAGUUAGCUUCUUCUCUCAAUUUUUAAUCGAAAGCACACUACUAUAUACAGUAGUAAAAACACUUUGUUUGUCCCAUAACUAAGAGCUACAUUUGUUGAAUUAUUUUUUAGUUAAAGCAAUCCAGAUUCUUAUUUUCAUUUCUUGCAUUCUGUUCUAUACUUCACCAAAACCUUGUGUUUUUGUUUAUGUGUGUGCAACCAGCCGCAACCCUCGUGUGUGAUUCUGUUUUCUUUAAGCGUUUUGGGUGAUCCUUUGUGCGUUCAAGUUUAUAGUUUGAAUGCUUUCAAGCUGAGAUAUUAUUUCAUAAAUUCAUAAAUUCGAUUAUACAAGGUACAAAGCAUUUAGUUUCCCAUUAAUCAAACUUUUCUGUACUACUAUCAUUUUUUGUUUUUAAGAGGAAUUUUGGAGAGAAUAUGCUAAAUUACCAAAUUCUUACAUCGAUUAAUAUGUCUUUGAUCAAAAUUGUAAGGUGCAUGUUAAAAUUCAAUUUCGUUUUGUUUCUUUUUUUUUUUUUUUUGAGCAACAUAAUCCAAUUACUGAAUACUAUAGAAUCAACUUUUUGAGUUUCUUUUCGUGCAAAAAAAAAAAAAAAAACUCUCUCUGUCAUAAAAAAAAAAAUCUAUAUCGAGUUUUGGUACAAUUUCAAUGUAGAUUAUUUUUCAGUGACAUAGAUAGUAUAUAGUCGUAACUUCAACAGAAUUUUGCUGCUUUCAAUAACUUGAUAUUUCCAGGCAUACCUUGUCAUAGUUUUAUUAUGGAAAGAAAUUAUAUAAGUCUUCAUUCUAUUUAAAUUUUAAGCUAAACAAGUUAUCGAUCUUGGUUGUCAUUGAUAUUGCACAUGAUAAUAACUAGCUCCUUUGUUAACCCAUUGUUUGACUCCUUUGAUAUUACACAUGUCAAUCAGACUUCGACUAAUACGACUUGAGUUGGUCCAUUUGAGCCUCAAACCACAUGUCAAUCAAAUUUUGAGGUUUGACUAAUACGAACUUAUAAUUGAAAAAAAUUCUAACAAAAAGCAACGACCAAAUUUACCUGGUUUUAAAGAAUGGGGCUUAAUUAACGAACGUAAGAAAAUGUUGAGGACUAGAAAAGCUAUUUCCUCCUUUUAUUAAAUAAUACAGUAUAUCCCCGAAAGAACCUCGGACAAGUUUCAAUAUUGAAUGCUUUGCUGAUUGUCUGCUUAAAUACUUCUUAGCAAGUCCACCAUAAACCCAUUAUCCGGGAGAUUAUAAUCCAACAUUGGAAGCCAGAUUUGUGAAGAAUUUUAAAGUAAAAUGGCACCCUUUUGCUUAAAUAAUAGGACUGUAAUCCAUUUUGAAAUCUUAAUGGCAAGCAUCUUAGUUAACCCAGAAAAAAAGGAGGAAGAUUUCUUCGUCCGGGCUUUUCCUUGGCGGUUCCCUGAAACCAUUUCCAGAGUAUUACGUUUUGGAUCUCUAUUGCAAGCUUUUACUUUGAUUGUUUUGGCUCAUUGGUUAUUUUGAAUAAGUAAGUUUCAGAGUUGAAUUAAUGUAAAAUUCAUCAAGGCCAUCAAAUGAUCGGCAAAAUGCUGCAAUGAAACUUAUGGAUUUCUUUCUUCUUUUUUUUUUUUCCUUCUUACAUAUUAUGUCAUUUUGUACUUCUAUGGCAGGUCUUGGUUUAUUCCAGUUCCUUACAGCAUGGCCCAAGCUCCUGGCUUCACCCUGUUUGGUAGAAGAUGCCAGCAUUGUGGUACAGUUUGGUUUCUUAGGAGUCCUGCUGGUUCAAUUCAUAGGAAAUGCUAUCAGAUCACAAUGUGACGGCAGGAAAACCAUUAUCAUUGCUGAAAAGUAUGCAGCUGGAGCAAAAGUUGUCCUGAGUUACAAGCUUAGCGUUGUUUGUUCUGUCUUACUGUUUGGAACUCAUUUCCUUAUGCUGCUGAUGCUGCAAAGUGAUGAUGCUGGCCGGUGCGAGGUAAAGGUCCCAUAUUUUACAUCAGAUACUAUGCACAUUAUUUGCUGGGCUGCUUCCCUAGCUAUGCUGUACAACAUUAUGAGAGACAAACAUGUCAAGCUACCUUGGGUCCUGAGGUUUUGGUGGAUAUCCAGCUUCUUGCUGUCAUUUGCAUCUGCUGUUCUUGAUGGAAGUCAUGUAAUAUACAGUCAUGAAAACCUCAAAGGGAAAGACUUCACCGAUCUCCUGAAUCUUCUUGCUUCCUCCGGUUUAUUUGUUCUCUCAAUUAAAGGGAAAACAGGCAUAGUGUUUGUGGCUCCAGAUGGCAUUACUACCCCUCUACUGAAGGAAAAAGUUCAAAAAGAUUUGGAAGGGAACCCGGAAUCUCUCUAUGGAAAGGCCACUUUUCUUCAACUGAUAACCUUUUCUUGGCUCAAUCCUCUGUUUGAGAUUGGGUAUAAGAAGCCUCUUAAUCAGGAAGAUGUACCAGAUGUUGAUUUGAGUCACUCUGCUCACACUCUCUCUCCCUGUUUUGGGGACUGCUUAGAUCGUGUAAAAAGGAAAGAUGGAACAACAAAACCAUCUAUCUACAAGGCACUUUACAUUUAUGGGAGAAAAAAAGCAGCAACCAAUGCCUUCCUCGCGGGUAUAGCUGCAGCUUCAUCCUAUGUGGGUCCUUAUCUCAUUAAUGAUCUAGUAGAAUUCCUCGUUGAUAAAAAGUCCAGGAGUUUAAGAAGUGGCUAUCUACUAGCACUUGCUUUUCUUAGUGCAAAAAUUGUAGAGACCAUAGCUCAGAGGCAGUGGAAAUUUGGGGCUCGCCAGCUAAGCCUUCGGUGUAAAGCUGCUUUAAUAUCACACAUAUAUCAAAAGGGCCUAGUCUUAUCAAGCACUUCACGACAAAGCCGUACAAGUGGAGAGAUUAUCAAUAUUAUGAGUGUUGAUGUCCAAAACAUAAGUGAGUUCACCUGGUACUUGAACAUACUAUGGAUGUUGCCUAUACAGAUUUCCUUGGCUGUUUACGUGCUACACAACAACCUGGGAUGGGGAUCACUUGUGGCUUUAGCUGCCACUCUGGCGGUAAUGUAUGGCAACAUACCAUUAACUAGAACCCAAAAGAGAUUUCAGGGAAACAUAAUGAAGACAAAAGAUGACAGAAUGAAAGUCACUUCGGAAGUUCUUCAUAAUAUGAGGACAAUAAAACUUCAAGCAUGGAACAACUAUUAUUUACGGAAAUUAGAAAUUCUAAGGAAAACUGAGAAUCACUGUCUGUGGAAGUCGCUAAGGUUGCAAACAAUAAUUAUUUUUAUCUUUUGUGGAUCACCUGCUCUUAUUUCUGGAGUGACUUUUGUUGGAUGUGCAUUACUGGGAAUUCCUUUCACUGCAGGGCGAGUGUUAUCUGCAUUGGCAACAUUUCGGAUGCUCCAAGAUCCUAUAUUUAAACUGCCAGAGUUACUUUCAGUAAUUGCUCAAGCCAAAACUUCUGCAGAUAGAAUUGCAUCUUAUCUCCAGGAAGAUGAGAUUCAGUUAGAUGCAGUGUCCAUGAUCCCUAAGCAGGAAACAGAAUUUUCAAUUGAGAUAAAUAGUGGGAAGUUUAGUUGGGAAAAUGAUUCAAGAAAUGCAACACUUGAUGAAAUCAACCUAAAGGUUACAAGAGGAAUGAAGGUGGCAAUAUGUGGUCUUGUUGGAUCAGGAAAAUCCAGCUUGCUUUCAUGUAUACUUGGAGAGAUGUCAAAACAAUCAGGGAUCGUAAACAUUAGUGGUACAAACGCAUAUGUUGCCCAGUCUCCAUGGAUAUUGAAUGGACAUGUCAGAGAAAAUAUUUUAUUUGGAAGUCCAUAUGACAGUGACAGGUAUCUUAGAACAGUUGAGGCAUGCGCCUUGAGAAAAGAUUUUGAGCUUUUCCCAGCUGGGGACCUAACUGAGAUAGGAGAAAGAGGGAUAAACAUGAGUGGAGGCCAGAAGCAAAGGAUACAAAUUGCACGAGCUGUCUACCAAGAUGCUGACAUAUAUCUCCUUGAUGACCCCUUCAGUGCAGUGGAUGCUCAUACAGGCACACAACUCUUCAAGGACUGUUUGAUGGGGAUCCUCAAGAAAAAGACCAUCAUUUAUGUUACCCACCAAGUAGAGUUCCUUUCAGCUGCGGAUCUCAUCUUGGUAAUGCAAAAUGGAAGAAUUGCUCAUGCCGGUUCAUAUGAAAAACUUCUAGAACAAAGUGUGGGAUUCGAAGUCCUUGUUGGUGCUCACAGCCAGGCUUUAGAAUCAAUUACUUCAGUUGAGAGCUCGAGUAGAACAUUAGAUCAUGGGCCAAGUGAUGAUGAACACAGUACAGACAUCAAUUCCACUUUGGAUUCUCCACAGACUAAAAAAGAUUCCCAGCAAAACCAGUGUUUAGAAAUAACAAAACAAGAUGGAAGGCUUGUGAAGGAAGAAGAAAGAGAAACAGGAAAGAUUAGCAAAGAAGUUUAUUUCUCUUACUUGAGCACAGUUAAAGGCGGUGCAUUCGUGCCACUAAUUCUAGCAGUUGAGUCCUUGUCUCAAGUGUUGCAGGUUACCAGCAGUUACUGGAUGGCAUGGGCUUGUCCUGCUGGAAAUGUUGAACUAAUGACUGGAAUACGUCUCAUUUUAUUUGUUUACAUUCUUCUUGCCAUUGGAAGUGCAUGUUGUGUGUUUAUUAGGGCAAGAUUAGUGGCUAAGGUAGGCCUCCUGACCUCACAGAAGCUCUUUAGCAACAUGCUAUAUAGCAUCAUUCAUGCUCCUAUGGCUUUCUUUGACUCAACUCCAUCUGGAAGAAUUUUAAACAGGGCAUCGACAGACCAAAGUGUUCUAGACCUAGAUUUGGCAGGCAAAUUAAAUUGGUGUGCGGUUACAAUGAUUAUGUUACUUGGGACCAUUAUGGUGAUGUCUCGGGUGGCAUGGGAGGUGUUUAUCGUUUUCAUUCCUGUUACUGCCAUUUGCAUUUGGUACCAGCAAUAUUAUAUUCCAACAGCAAGAGAGCUGAUACGUUUAGCUGGGAUACAGAGAGCUCCAAUACUCCAUCACUUUGCUGAAUCACUAGCUGGCGCAGCAACAAUACGUGCUUUCGAUCUAAAGGGUCGCUUCAUCUACUCGAACCUCGGUCUGAUUGACAAUCAUUCAAGACCAUGGUUUCACAAUUUAGCAGCAUUGGAAUGGCUUAAUUUCAGAUUAAAUCAGCUAUCCAAUUUUGUCUUUGGUUUCUCUCUAGUAUUACUUGUGACUCUACCAGAUGGCAUUAUAAAUCCCAGCAUUGCUGGUUUGGCGGUCCGGUAUGCUGAGCAUCUACCAUUUGUGUUGAAGAACAUAACUUGCACAUUUCCAGGGAAGAAGAAAGUUGGUGUAGUUGGACGGACAGGAAGUGGGAAAUCAACCCUGAUACAAGCCAUUUUCAGGAUUGUUGAACCUACCGAAGGAACCAUUAUAAUUGAUGGAGUGGACAUCACAAAAAUUGGGCUUCAUGACUUGAGAUCAAGGCUUAGCAUAAUACCCCAAGAUCCUACAAUGUUUGAGGGAACCGUCAGAGGAAACCUUGAUCCUCAGGAUCAGUACUCUGAUAACCAAAUCUGGGAGGCUCUAGACAAAUGUCAGCUUGGUGACGUGGUGCGUUUGAAGCCAGAGAGGCUAGAAUCUACAGUGGUUGAGAAUGGAGAAAACUGGAGUGUUGGCCAAAGGCAGCUAUUUUGUCUAGGAAGAGCAUUGCUGAAGAAGAGCUCAAUUCUUGUCCUGGACGAAGCCACUGCAUCCGUCGAUUCUGCUACAGAUGGUGUACUGCAGAAGAUCAUCAGACAAGAAUUUAAAGAUCGAACUGUUAUUACAAUUGCUCACAGGAUCCACACUGUGAUCGACAGUGAUCUUGUCCUGGUCCUUAGUGAUGGAAGAGUAGCUGAGUUCGACACACCUUCAAAGCUGCUGGAAAGACAAGAUUCUUCCUUCUCCAGAUUGAUAAGAGAGUACUCCAAGAGAGGCUUUUCCAAGUCUCAAAGGCUAACUUUGAUGAAAAGCAUGGCCAUGAAGAAAGCUCGUAAACGUCAAUCACCGGAAGCCGGAAGGAACUCUGGCGGGGGGGAAUUUGGGAGUAACCCAGAUAGGAUUUCAAUGUUGAGAGUUCAGAAUCUUGCUAAUACCAUUAGAUUAGACGCUGCAAAUUCUGCUAAAGAUGCAACUCCUCCAGCUAAUCACAACCCUUCAGCAACAACUAGGCCUCUUCUCUCAGUGUCAAAGCCAUCUUGGAUAGUUAGAACUGAGUCAAAUGUGCAUAAAGAGCGAAUUUUUAAGCCAGAUCCACCUUGUGUAGUCUGUAAAGGUAGUGGCAGAGUUGAUUGUCAUAGUUGCCGUGGAACAGGGAGGACAAAUCAUACGCAUCUGGCAAUUCUUCCGAAGGGAGAAUGGCCAAAGUGGUGCAAAAGUUGUGGGGGAAGUGGCCUAGGCUAUUGUUCGCGGUGUUUAGGGACAGGGGAGUAUAGGUACAUUAUGGGUUUUCAAUUUAUGAAGAGAGACGGCGACGAGUCUCAGGAAGCCGAGAAUUCUGAAGUUCAGGGAAAAGUAAGCACAGGGAGGGCCGAAAAUUUACCUUUAGCCGAUGAACAACUGGAAGUAGAUAGAAAGAUGAAUCUUUGA